CCCGAUUUGGGUUAGGGUUAGGGUUUCUCGAGGAAACAAGAAGAGUCCUUCUUUUGUUUCUGGGAUUCUUGUAGAGAAAAAGGGGGUUUAGGGUUUUUCAAGACCCUGCAAAAGGGUAGUCAAAGAUGGUUCCUUUCUCCUCCUUGGUGAUCAGAUGGCACUUUUUCUGGCUCUUUUGGGUCUUCUUUGGCGUCGUCUUUGCUGAUUCGGACAAAUCGGUGUUGCUUCAGCUCAAGAACUCAGUCGACGAUCCCUCAGGUCUGCUGUCUAGUUGGAGUGACAGUUACAGUUCGAAUCAUUGCACCUGGUAUGGUGUGCUCUGCGACUCGAGCUCGCGGGUGGUGUCGCUCAACAUUACGGGCCGCGGCGGUGAGAAAGGUAGUUCAAAUAGUACUCAAGAUGUUUUCUCUUGCUCUGACUUUAAUUUGUUUCCGUUUUAUGGGUUUGGUAUUAGAAGGAACUGUGGGAGUAGUGUUGGGAGUUUGUAUGGCAAAUUGUUGUCUGUUUUGGGACAUUUGAGUGAACUUAGGGUUCUGUCCCUUCCGUUUAAUCGUUUUGAUGGCGAGAUUCCUGGUGAAAUCUGGAGCAUGGAAAAGCUAGAAGUUCUUGAUCUGGAGGGGAAUUUGCUGUCUGGGUCGUUGCCGACCAAUGUUGCUGGGUUAAAGAAUUUGCGGGUUCUCAAUCUGGGUUUUAACAGGAUUAGUGGGGCGAUACCAAAUUCUCUUUCGGAUUUUGCUAAAUUGGAGAUCUUUAAUUUGGCGAGCAACCCUGUUAAUGGAACUUUGCCUGGGUUUGUUGGUAGAUUGAGGGGAGUUUACUUGUCAUUUACUAGGCUCAGUGGGUCCUUGCCUAGUGAUAUUGGAGAGAGUUGCAGGCUUGAGCAUUUGGAUAUAUCUGGGAACUACUUUGUUGGGACGAUUCCUCUGAGUUUGGGGAACUGCCGUCAGUUGAGGUCAUUGUUAUUGUACUCAAAUUUGUUGGAGGAGAGUAUUCCGCGUGAACUUGGCCAACUUCAGAAUCUUGAAGUGUUUGACGUCUCAAGGAAUACUCUCAGUGGUCCAAUACCUGCAGAGCUCGGAAAUUGUUCUGGACUUACUGUGCUUGUUCUUUCAAACUUAUUUAGCCCAUAUGAUGAUGUUCCUAUACAAACAGGGGAUCCUUCAGAUCAGCAAUCGGCUCAUGUGAAUGACGAUCUCAACUUUUACCAAGGUGGGAUUCCUGUUGAAAUAACAAGGCUUUCAAAGCUGAGGAUAUUGUGGGCACCAAGAGCAACACUUGUAGGCUCGUUGCCAAGUGAUUGGGGUGCUUGUGAUAACUUGGAGAUGAUCAAUUUGGCACUGAACUUUUUUAAAGGGGACAUUCCUGUGGGGCUUACUGGGUGCAAGAAGCUUUGGUACCUUAACUUGAGCUCAAAUAAGCUUCUUUCUGGAAAGCUUGAUCAGGAACUUUCAGUUCCUUGUAUGAGUGUGUUUGAUGUCAGUGGUAACAUGUUAUCAGGUCCAAUCCCUAGUUUUAAUACUCAAUGCACUCCUGGUCUUCCCUCAGGGUCAUAUUCUUUUGAACCCCAAAGCCCAUCAUCUGCAUAUAUAUCAUUUCUAGCAAAUAAAGCUCAAGUUGGAAUAUCUUUGCAAUUUCUUGGGGGAGAUGGUGCUCCUGCUGUGUUUCAUAAUUUUGGAGGUAACAACUUUACAGGCAAUCUUCUGUCAAUUCCAAUUGCACCUCAAAGAUUGGGGAAACAAAUUUCUUAUGCAUUUUUUGCUGAAGAAAACAUGCUUUCUGGACCAUUUCCUGGGAGUUUGUUUGAGAAUUGUGAUGGAUUAGCUGCACUGAUUGUUAAUGUCAGUAACAACAGAAUGAAUGGUCAGAUUCCAGCUGAAAUUGGUAAAUUAUGUGGAUCUCUCAAAAUUCUGGAUGCAUCUGUGAAUCAAAUUUCUGGGCCUAUUCCACCUAGUUUGGGGGAGUUGGUGUCACUUGUUGCUCUUAAUUUGAGUUGGAACCAAUUGGAAGACCAGAUUCCGGAGGGCGUGGGGCGGAUUAAGAGUCUGAAGUACCUCUCUUUGGCCGGAAAUAAUCUGACUGGAUCCAUUCCUUCCGGUUUUGGCCAGUUGCCAUCUCUAGAAGUGUUGGACCUGUCUUCAAAUUCCCUCUCUGGUGAAAUUCCUGCAGAUCUUGUGAACUUAAGAAACCUUACCAUUCUUCUGCUUAAUAAUAACAGACUUUCAGGGCAGAUUCCUUCAGGUUUGGCAAAUGUGACUAUGCUGUCAGCAUUUAAUGUGUCCUUCAAUAACUUAUCUGGGGCACUGCCUUCAAACAAUAGUUUGAUUAAAUGUAGCAGUGCUGUCGGAAACCCUUAUCUGCAGCCUUGCCGUGCAUUGUCCUCGACAGGACCAUCUUCAAAUCUGCAAGCAAGAGAGGAUUCACAAGAUUCUGCUGCUCCACCACCAGAAAAUCCAGUCCCAAGCAGUGGAAAUGGUGCUUUCAAUUCGAUCGAGAUAGCAUCCAUAGCUUCAGCUUCAGCAAUUGUCUCGGUUCUUAUUGCCCUUGUUAUAUUAUUUCUUUACACAAGGAAAUGGAAUCCAAAGUCCAGAAUCAGUGCUACCAAAAAGGAAGUAACAAUUUUCACAGAGAUUGGAACUCCUUUGACAUUUGAUGAUGUUGUACGUGCCACAGGAAAUUUCAACGCUAGCAACUGCAUUGGACAUGGAGGUUUUGGGGCAACUUAUAAAGCAGAGAUCUCACCUGGAGUUUUAGUGGCUAUAAAAAGGCUUGCAAUUGGACGGUUUCAAGGACAUCAACAGUUUGAUGCAGAAAUUAAAACCCUUGGGAGGUUGCGGCAUCCAAAUCUGGUCACCCUAAUUGGUUAUCAUUCAAGUGAUACUGAGAUGUUCCUUAUUUAUAAUUAUCUGCCUGGUGGUAAUUUGGAAAAAUUUAUUCAGGAGAGAUCCACAAGAGCUGUUGAUUGGAGGGUGCUUCACAAGAUUGCUUUGGAUAUUGCACGUGCUCUUGCUUACCUACAUGAUCAAUGUGUUCCCCGGAUUCUCCAUCGUGAUGUCAAGCCCAGCAAUAUCCUGUUGGAUGAUGACUACAAUGCUUAUUUAUCAGAUUUUGGUUUGGCAAGACUUAUGGGAACUUCAGAAACCCAUGCUACCACGGGUGUUGCUGGAACUUUUGGAUAUGUUGCCCCAGAAUAUGCAAUGACUUGCCGUGUUUCUGAUAAGGCUGAUGUUUACAGUUAUGGGGUGGUGCUCCUUGAGUUGCUCUCAGAUAAGAAAGCGUUGGAUCCCUCCUUUUCUCCAUAUGGAAAUGGUUUCAACAUUGUUCAAUGGGCAUGCAUGCUCUUGCGACAAGGGCAGGCCAAGGAGUUCUUCACUGUUGGAUUAUGGGAUGCAGGACCACAUGAUGAUUUGGUAGAGGUUCUACACCUAGCAGUUGUAUGCACUGUUGAUUCUCUUUCUACCAGACCUACAAUGAAGCAAGUUGUUAAGCGGCUCAAGCAACUACAACCGCCAUCAUGUUAGCAGCCAGCCAGGCUUCUGUUGAUUAUUAACAUAGUACUGGUAGGAAGUAAGCCCCGCACUUGGUCAAUUGUCACGGGAUCCCUUAGUUAGAUUUCUAAGCUGUAGUUAUUUCCCACUUGUAAAUUGUAACACGGUUUUCCCCCAUUUUUCGUUGCUAUUCCUUGGAGUAGGGGGUCUCACUAAUGAAUCUGCAGAAGAAUGCAGAUAUUCCAUAUCCAAGCUGUACACACUGCAUUUGAGUUUCAUUGGUUGUUUAAUAAAACAAUAGAAUAGUUUCUUCAAC